ACGUCUUCUUAAAUACAGAAAUGGAGGAAGAAGAAGAUUGGGCUGACGUUAAUAAUGACCCAACCAAACAGGAAAAGUGUGAGCUGAAAGACAGUCACGGCUAAGGCACCAGCUGUCAGGGCAGGAAUAAUCGGCCGAGCCUUGUUGCCAACAUGUUGUCCGAGCGAGGCUCCUUCAUGAAGGGGAUGGUCUUGGGAGGCGUAUUCUGCUUGGUGCUGUCACUGCUGGGUAGUUUCAGCCCCAUCACUGAGUCCAAGACGGAGGACCACCAUCAUCAUCACGUCAAGGCUGCAAGCAAAGACGAGCUCCAACAGCUCUCUGAGAGCAGACUGCAAGAGCUGAACAACCAACUCCAGAUCUCUUGUGUCAUCAUGGUCCAGCCCAAAAACCUGGUUUACUGGGCCGCAGCUUUGGACACUUGGACCAAGCACUGUGACAAGGCCGAGUUUUACACCUCGGAGUCCUCUAAGGCGCUCGAGGCGAUAGACCUGAAUGAAAAAGAUGACUGGGCGAGGUUGCAUAAAGCUCUGAAGCAUGCCUAUGAGAACGCCGGCAACAUUCGCUGGUUCUUUGUGGCACAGCCCUCCACCUUCGCAAUCAUCGAGAACCUCAAGUAUCUUGUGCUCACUAAAAAUCCAGAGCAACCGUUCUACCUGGGGAAGACAGUGAAGUCCGGGGAGCUGGAGUAUGUGGAGUUCAACGGCGGCAUUGUUCUCAGCUAUGAAGCUCUGAAGAGGCUGGUGAACGUAUUCCAGGACGAGGACAAAUGUCCAGAAAGACAAAGCGCUUUGUGGAAGCUGAGUGAAGACAAGCAGCUUGCCGUGUGUCUCAAAUUCACAGGAGUGUUUGCAGAGAAUGGAGAAGACGUACAUGGAAAGGGCCUGUUCAACAGCAGAAGCGUGGACAACUUGAUAUCUGAAAGCAUGGAUCAGAACCCCAACAAUGUGGUGAAGGGCUGCUGCUCCGACAUGGCCAUCACAUUCAGCUCCAUGUCCCCGAACCAGAUGCAGGUCAUGAUGUUUGGAGUUUACAGACUUCGACCGUAUGGACAUGACUUCCAAGACAUAUUGACAUUUUACCCUCCCAAAGGUUCAGACAAUGACUAGUCUCACUCAAUCAGACUGGAUGUGUCGUUUUAAACAUUUUGCUUCUGUGAUGGCAAACCUGACUUUGGAUUGUUUGUUUUUUUCUGAUGUUUCUAAAACUUGCUGGAAAUCAGUUUUAUGUAUAUUUGUAACUUUUUGCACUUGACGCAGUCGGCACCUGAUGUCAGUGGGUUGUUCGACACGGGUCGGAUGAGCCGUCCACAACAAGAAGACAGAGCAGGACUACAGAUUUGAGACUGAUUAUCUCAAUUUGAAUUCUGGUUAUUGAAGUUUUGUUCUGCAUCUCUAAAUGUAUUUUUGUUGUAUUGCAGAAAUGUAGAAAAUGUUGGUAAUACUCUUAAUCUGUGGAGUUUUACCAGCUAAACAUCUGAUUUAAUGUUGCAUUAUCACACCUUUAAUCAUUAUUGAGACAGACAUAUCAUGACAUAGCUUAGCUGUAAUCGAGUUGCUUUUAUGUUACGCUUGGUUUUCUCAUGAAAAACUGGCUAUUAAACUUUUUCAGAGGACA